AUGUCUGCUGCUGUUCCAGUCAACAUUCGUCGUGCUGAUGCUGACACGCCUCUUCCAGCCGAGUAUUCCACUACUCCUCAUGGCACUAUUUAUGGGUCUACUCCUGGUGGCACUCGUGUUAUCUACGACCGAUCCACUUUGUUGGCUCUAUCCAAUAGCGACUUGUCCAAGACUCCUCCUGCAAAGAUGAUGUUUGUGGCCGGUGUGACCAAGACCAAUGGUGACAACACUUCGCUUCAUCCUUCCGCUGCCAACUACCGGAAAGUCGCAGAGUUAAAGCGACAAGAAGAGGAAAAGAAAAAGACAUACAAUCCAUUCGCUGUCUUGAGCGGUGAUGGCGACGACGUCUUUGACAUGGACGACUAA